AUGGAAACACAGACCAUCAAUGCGUUUGAUAGGCAUCAUACAAUAUAUAAUAAUCGAACUUAUGUUCGUACAACAUAUUCAUCAACUAGAAAUCAAUUAUAUCAUCCUUAUUUAAAACCAUUACCAAUACCAUCCGUUAAUUUGUGUGAUUUUCUUUUAUAUGAAUCAAAAAUAGCUGAAGAUAUUGGAUCAGCUACAUCAUUAUCAUAUAUAAAUAAUGCUGAACAUUAUGAUAAUACAUAUUCACAUACAUAUGAUAAUCCAAUUGAAUGUUUUGAAAAUUAUAAUAUUAAACAAAGUUUAAUCGAUAUUCCACAAACUGAUGGAAAAUUAUCUGAUAAUAUUAAAGAUGAAACAGUGAACGAUGAUGAAAAAUCUUCUCAUAAUAAAUCAUCUAUUUUAUACUAUCUUGAAAAUAAACGAUUAGUUUUCUAUGCAUGUCUUAUCUCUCUUCUUUUAUUACUACUUAUUGGUAUGGGAAUAUUUCUACUCAAUAAAUUUAUUCGUCCGGUUGUUGUUACUACGACUGUGAAUAAUCAUUAUGAUAAAAUGAAUUUAUCAAAUACAUCACCAAUGUUAACAACAUCUCGAGCAAUAAUAACUCCAACUCUUAUUAAAAUCUUAACACAAUCAUCUACAACUAAAUCUGUAACAAUAAGUACUAUAGAAGUCGAUGGUUCACCAUUUUCAUAUUCGAUGUGUCCACCUGAACAUUGGGGUAUCGGAUGUAAAAAUAUCUGUAAACCAUGUGGACUUGGUGUAUGUCAUCCAGUUACAGGUAAAUGUAUAUGUCCAGAAGGCAUUUAUGGUGAAUACUGUGAUUUAUCGAAAGUCAACGAUAAACCAAAACGGGGCGAUAUGAUGAGCUAA